AUGGAGAAAGUCGAAACUCUAGUGGAGCGUGCUAAACAAGCACUCCAUGAGCCACCCAAGAUACACUCAGAUACCGUGGAAAAGUUCCAUCCAUCUUUGGACAAUCAUAUCCAGAAGAUUUACAAGUUUGUUGAUGCACAUGCCCCAACUACAAACUAUUUCCUCCAAGAAAUGCAGCAUGACACUGUCUCAGAUGCUCCCGAGUCAGUCGAUGUUUUGGCUUCCCUGGAUGCCUUUCGUGCCUACAUGAAAGAUGCGAACUCAUCUGCGAUGGGACCGGAAGAUGCCCUCGAUCUUUCCGCGCCUAUUUCAGAUUACUUUAUCUCAUCGAGCCACAACACUUAUUUGACGGGUAAUCAGUUGUACAGCGACGCUGCUGCUAGUGCUUAUACAUCUGUCCUCCUCCGUGGCUGUAGGUCCGUCGAGAUCGAUGUCUGGGAUGGGGAAUUGGACACUCCAAACUCAAGUGACAGCGACAGUAGCAGCAGUGAUUCAGAGACGGAAGAAGGGAAGAAUAAUACGGGAAGCAAAUCGAAAGAAAAGAUGAAAACCAAGAAAGGAGGCCAGGAAAAACCCGCCAAAGAAAAGAGAGCAUCAGUCUCGUCCAAGUUGGAAGCGAAACUUAGUAGUGUCCUUCGCCGCAAAUCCGUCAAGUCGCCUCAGCGACCAGUGGAUGAAGAGGCUGCAACGAGCCACAUGCCUGUUCGGGUCGAGCCUCGUGUUCUGCAUGGACAUACCCUGACCAAGGGAACUACAUUUCGUGAAAUCUGCUAUGCAAUCCGUGACAGCGGAUUCGUUGUCAGUGAUCUUCCACUUGUCAUUAGUCUCGAGGUACAUGCGUCUCUUGAGCAGCAACAGACGAUGGUUGACAUCAUGUUGGAGGCAUGGAAAGGAUUCCUCGUGGAGCCUCCUCCUGAUAACGGAAAGCUUCCCUCGCUAGGUGAUCUGAAGAGAAAGAUCUUGAUCAAGAGCAAAUGUGUUCCACUAAGCGGCGGGGAAGAGAAAGUCGAAGGAGAAGCUCUGACGCCACCAAAAUCAGACGACAAGUCCUCGGGGCAGCAGUCAGCGAAGCCAUCGAAGAUUCUCGAUGCGCUGGCCAAACUGGCUGUUUAUACUCGCGCGUACCAUUUCAGUCAUUUUGACCAACCGGAGGCCAAAGUUCCUCUCCAUGUGUUCUCACUUUCCGAAAAAGCAGCGCGAGAAGCCCAUGUCAGCCACCGCGACGCCUUGUUUGAGCACAACCGAAGAUCUCUGAUGCGUAUCUAUCCGUUCGCAUUCCGAGUCACCUCGUCGAACCUUGAUCCAACAUUCUACUGGCGACGUGGCGCCCAGCUGGUAGCAUUAAACUGGCAGAAUUUAGAUAAGGGCAUGAUGCUCAACCACGGAAUGUUUGUUGGAACCCACGGCUGGCGACUGAAGCCCUCCGGCUACCGAAGUGGUAAUUCUCCGACAGAUGUUAUCCAGCGUCGCAACUUGACCCUUUCAAUUGAAGUAUACGCCGCGCAAGACCUCUCUCUGCCACCGGGCGACCACAGUGAGAGGGGAUUCAAACCCUAUGUGAAUUGCCAGCUGCACGUCGAAGAACCGGAAGGCGAACUCGUCCUGGACCAGGAUGACGCGAGCUCUGACGCAGAAAAGAGCAGCUACAGGCGAUGCACGAAGAGUUCUUCAGGUCGGAACCCGGACUUCGGGGGCCAGAAGUUGGAGUUCCCGACCGUGGCGGGGAUAAUUGAGGAGCUUAGUUUCUUACGGUCAGUCUUUCUCUUCUAUCUCUUCCUUGCUUGCCUCGAUGUAUCGAGCAAUUUACCUCGUGCUUUGGCCUCUCCCUUCAUCACAUAUCUUCCCCUUGCUGCGUUUCUACCUCCCAUCGCAUAA